CCUCAUUCAUAUAUCUCUCUCCGUCUGCCUCUGCCUGGUCGCAUUCCUCAUAUCCUCACAUCCUCACAUUUUGGACAUUUUGUCAUGGUCGUGUGAUCUUCCAACUUCUACCUUCACUCGCUCAUUGUUCACCACAUCCCACUCUCUCUUUCCCACAUUCUUCAUGCCUCUGUCACUCUCAUCUUGAUCACAACAUCUCACCCUCCCUCCCUCAUCCUCACCACCCUCCCCACGAGACAUGGGUCAAGACCGGCCGCUCUCUCUUGCGGCCUUGAAAGCCAGGAAUGGUGCGCCAAAGAUCAUGACCAAGACUGUCACAGUCUCAAAAGCUCCUGUCCCUGUCCCAAAACCUCAAUCUCGCCCCGCGAGUAACAUACCUGCCUCUCCGCGGAAAGCAGUCGCAAAUGGCCAUGCACGCCCUACCAGCGCACCCCGCAAUUCUACCACCCCUUCAUCUCUUCCCUCCAGACAGUCAAGCAAGGAGCCUCUGGAACGACUGAAGCAGGAAAGACGCAACCGAGUCAAGCGACCCUCUCCCGCCCUCUCCACCCCUAACUUUACCAGUUCUGACGAUGAAAGCGACGACGAACAACCCCGGAAGCGCGCUCGUAUAACUCCAGAAGAAGAAAUUGACAAAAAUAGAAAGAUUAGAGAUCUGAAGUCGUUUUCUCAGCCGGAAGAAGAUGCCUUGCCCAUGGUUCAUGCGUUCGACAUUGCCAACAAUGAGAUCAUUGAACUUUCCAGAGACAAAUACCAACCUUUCUUCACUGCGCUGCGAGGAGACGAGGAGGAAUGCCCCACGGUUGAACUGCAAUAUCCCAGCGCAUGCCAGCGAGAAAAGUAUCAACUGGUCAGACCGAGUGACUCGUCCGACUUCAAACCCCUCAGCGAGAUUGAAGACAAUAUGAAGAUCGUGGCCGGGUUUUACUUGGACGAAAAAUCUGCCAGUCUGGUGACCAGCGAAGAAGACGGUUCAGGAUUUGUUCAACAGCUCCACAGACAAGCCACUUUAGGACUGAAGGGUCGUGUGGGGGCACAGUCCCGUUAUUGUGAAGUGGUGGACCGAUACAACAAGCUCAUCACUGAGAAGCAACAGGACGGGACGAUUGCGAAGAAACUUGACGAAAUGGUCCGAGUCGACAUCAAACUAGUCGAACAUAUCAUCAAAGAUCAGGUCUACGCCCGCACCGUCUCCCCACAGGUUCAUCUUGUCCGGGACUACGAAAGCUUCUCGGAUAACGUUUACGGCGAGCUACUUCCCAAAUUCCUCAGUCGCAUCUUCAGGGAGACACACUUGAAAUCCGAUCAGGUCUUUGUCGACCUAGGCUCCGGUGUCGGCAACUGCGUGCUCCAAGCGGCACUGGAGAUCGGCUGCGAGUCGUGGGGGUGCGAAAUGAUGGAGAAUCCGAAUACACUUGCCCAACUUCAGGCCACCGAAUUCCCAGCGCGAUGUCGACUUUGGGGCAUCAAGCCAGGCAAGGUCCGGUUGAUCCAUGGCGACUUUCUUAAGAACGAAGACGUCAAGAAGAUCCUUAAGCGCGCCGACGUCAUCCUGGUUAACAAUCAAGCCUUCACCGCCGAAUUGAAUGACAAACUCAAGUACGUUUUCCUGGACCUGAAGGAGGGAGCGCAGAUUGUCAGUCUCAAGCCAUUCCGCAGCCCCGCGCACAAAAUCAAGGAGUCCAACGUCAAUGACCCGAUCAAUGUGUUGGAGGUGGUGGAGAAGGAGCGUUGGAGCGGCAUGGUCAGUUGGUCCGAUGAUCCAGGCAAAUGGUACCAUCAAACCAAAGACUCGAGGGCGCUGGAGAAGUUUUUCAAAAGGCUAGGACAAGGCACGUAAGGAUUUGGAGCUACGACCAACAUUACCAAUAAGUGCUCCGAGAAGAAUAUUGGCCUUGACGGGGCGGUGAUGAUUCAUGUGCCAUUUUGGUUUACGGAACGAGAUACCCAGCAUGCAUGGAACAAGUCAGAAAGGGUAGACCAUGAUUUUCUGCAUAGCGAAGGGUCACGGGUUACGGGCCACGUUGCAUGAUGUGCGUCGCUGGGAGCAUGACGCUGACACUAGUGGUAGUAAUCUUGAAAUAGACUCUCCUGGUUGGAAAUGAGAAUAUCAAGAUUGUACUAUAUCAACAAUCUGUAUCUCAGUCGGCCAACAUUG